ACCCCGUCCCCCUAGUGCCUGGGCACUGGCCCAUCCUUCUGAGGCACGGAUGCCCAGGAAGAAGCCCCAGACCAGACCACCCACCUCAGAUCCAUUGAAGGAUCUGACAGAAGUGGAACAGCAACUGAUCCGAGACAUUUGGGGAAAGGUGUUUGACAAUGCUGAAGAAAAUGGCAGGAUUGUUAUUAUCAGGUUCUUCACAGAAUACCCAGAGAGUAAGCAGUAUUUCAAGAACAUUCCAACUGAAGGUGACCUGAUGAUGAUCCCAGAGGUGGGCUUCCAUGGCCGGAGGAUCAUGGUGACCCUGAACCAGCUGAUUGAAAGCAUGAGUCACUGGAAGCAAGCCUGCAAGCUCAUUGAGCGGUUGGUGGAAAGCCACAAGAACGUACACAAGGUCCCAUUAGGCAUGUUCCAGAUCUCCUCAAAGAAGAGUUUACUGAUGACGCUCAGUUAGCCUGGGAAAAGUUCUUCCUGAUUCUUCGUGAAGAAAUUGAAGCUGCUUAUGCACAAGAAUAGAAGCCUUGAACAAACCCUGGCUGACAUUAAGCAAUUCGGGAGCAGGCCUUCACCUCAUUGUGCUCAUAUUGUA